AUUGAUGUGUGUUGUUCGACGGCGGAAAUGUGUAAAUAUGUAUGUAAGCGUGUAGAGAUUGGGUACAGCGAAGUGUAACCCUGACAUAAUCCCAGAAAAUGAGCCAUUGAGGAUAAGGAUGUCUGUGAAUUACGCGGCGGGCCUAUCCCCCUAUGAACACAAGGGGGUGGUGGGACAGCCAGAAAACUUCGACCAGGAUGACGUGGUGGAGGAAAAAGUGAAACAGCUGGCAGAGUGGGUGAGAACAAGCAAACACCUGGUGGUACAUACUGGGGCAGGUAUCAGUACAUCUGCAGGCAUCCCUGAUUUCAGAGGACCCAAAGGUGUUUGGACACUAGAGAAAAGAGGGGAAGCUCCUAAGAUCAGUGUGACAUUUGAUGAAGCUGUACCAACUCUGACCCACAGAGCUUUAAUUGCAUUGGAAAGAGCAGGUUACGUAAAGUAUGUCAUCAGUCAGAAUAUAGAUGGCCUUCAUCUACGCUCUGGCUUCCCUCGUAACAAACUGUCAGAGCUUCAUGGGAACAUGUUUGUAGAGGAGUGCGACAAGUGUCACACACAGUUCGUUAGCAAGAAAUGUUCACCUACAAUUGGACUGAAGUAUACUGGAAGCCCUUGUCAGAAGGCAAAUUCCAAGGGAAUCAUGUGCAGAGGACGACUAAAGGACACUGUCCUGGACUGGGAAGAUAACCUACCAGACUGGGAUCUCACUUCAGCAGAGAACAGUGUCAGGCAAUCAGAUCUGAGCCUCUGCCUGGGAACUUCGCUGCAGAUUGUACCCAGUGGUAACCUCCCUUUGGUAACCAUCAAAAAUAAAGGAAAGCUUGUGAUUGUGAACCUACAGGCCACAAAACAUGACAAACGCUGCCAGCUGAAGAUCAACUCCUAUGUGGAUACAGUGAUGAGCCAGCUGUGUAAACUGUUAGGUGUAACAAUACCAAAUUAUGAUGGACCUCACUACGUGCUUAAAUCAGAGCACCCAGUAAAACCAAUCAAGGGUGUGAAGUUUGAUGUGAGACUUAAACAAGACGAUGUCAAAACAAGUGAUGAUGGACAGUGUGAAAUAACUGUAAAGAAUGAGCAGGAAAAAAAAUCCUCGCCUGAGUCACCAUACACAAAUAGCUCAGUCAAAUCAGAAGAUUUUUCACAUGGUUGUUGUGAACUUAAGCAUGAUGCACAGGCUUCCUGCCUAUAUGUACAAAGUCAGCAUUUACUUGAACCAUCUCAUGCACCCAAUGGCACCUCAUUACAGUCAUCUCAUGCACCAAAUGACACCCCAUUACAGUCAUCUUAUGUAUCCGUUGGCACCUCAUUACAGUCAUCUCAUGCACCAAGUGACACCUCAUUGCAGUCAUCUCAUGCACCAAGUGACACCUCAUUACAGUCAUCUCAUGCACCAAGUGACACCUCAUUACACUCAUCGCAUGCACCCAGUAACAACUCUAUACCGUCAUCUAAUGCGCCCACUGUCACCUCAUUACAGUUAUCUCAUGCACUUAGUGGCACCUCAUUUCAGUUGUUAGAUACACCCAGUAACAACUCUUCACAGUCCUCCCAUGCACCCAGUGUCACCCCAUCAGACAGUCACAGUUCACACCUUUCUACUUCAUCAAGCUUACAUUCAGAGCCCGAGUCUUUUCAGAAUGUACAUGGUCUCUCCCAACAAUCUAGUCAGCCAAGUCACAAUAAUACAAUGAUUAACCCAGAUGAGAAUAACUCUGGCUGUGAUCAGAUUAAUGAACCAGCCUGUAAACUACGAAAAACAUAGUUAGGGGCCAGGUAUAAUUGUUUUAUUUUCCUAGAUAUUUCUGUAUUUGUAGUACGUACUGUAUGUAUAUAAUGAUAGAUAUGGUGACUGAAUGUAUGCCAUGUGUCAGUCUUUGUUAUAUACUGUGUUAUUCAAACCUGUUUCUGCAGCUCACUGGCCGGGUAUUUAACUACAUACCCAGGUGAAGAAUUCUGACCUCUAUAUAUCAGAGUUUUCUAUAAAUAUAUGUCAUCCAGAAAUACAAUUUUUAUGUAAUUCUGAAAACAUAUUUUAAACAAUAACUUUAUAUUUUGAUUUCAGCAGUGGAAACUAUAAAUUUUUUGAUGAAAUCAUCAAAGUCUUGAUGAGAGGUACUCUAUAUAGCAAUAGGUUUUUCUGUGGAUCCAUGGCCCAGGAUUGCUUAUAUUUGGAAAACUAAUUAGAGGUGAAUCAUGAAACUCAUAGUUUACAGCAAAGACCUUUUUUGUGAGACCUCUGGUCAGGUUUUGAUACCAGGCCGAUCUCUGCAUAUGUGUUCCUUAUUGAAUUAAUUCUAUGAUUCUGAUUGGUAGUUGGUCUUUUGUACUAUAGCCGCUGUAAAUACUGUAUGAUUUUCAUACUGUGCUGGUUCAUUCUAUAUAACUCCAGAUCUAUGUAGAAAACGUUUUAAAAGAGUUCCUGGAUUCUGAUUGGCAUGUGGAUCAGGUCUUUUGUAAUUGGCUCACAUAUGUUAAAAACUACUAAGAGAAGAAUCAUGAAGCCCACAGGAAACAUUGUGAAUAUGUGAACUCUUGAGUUUGAAUACCAGCCUGAUGCAUGCAGACAACAUCUGAUGUCAGAAUUACGAUUUUCAGAUCCCAGUGCCAAAUAUCACAUGGCUGCAGUAACAUGCACUCUGGCAACAUUUGUUUUCUACAAACAAUCAGCGUGGAAGAAAAAAUUGUGCCACAUUGAAUGUGGCUGUUAUUUUGUCCAUACUCACAUGACAUUUCCAUCAGUGUUGAUUUGUUUAUGUAAACCACCACAAUCUCACAAGAUCCAGAUGACCUGUUGGCGUCACGAGGAAAAUCUGUGCCUGGCGUAAUUGUUUUUGGAUUUUUUGUUGCCGAAAAUUAAACGGGCCGAAUUUUUGAUCCAGUUUUCCAGAGUCCGAAUUGCUUGUUGUGGUGACCCGCACCCGAGUAAAUUUUGAGGUUUUUUGGUUGCCAAGAUCAAGAAAUUCUGUUUUAAAUGACGAGUGUUGUCUGCAAGCACUGGGUUUGAGUUGGUUAUGACUGAAUCAUUACAGCAUUUUGCUUGUCAUAUAGUAAUAUUACAAAUGGUUUGAGUUGUUGAUGUUCCAUAAACUACAUGUUUGUACAGUAACUAAACAUAGGUCUAAUAAAUGGUUGCUUCUACACCAUGUAACCCAGACCACAUGGGUAUUGUAAGGGUCAUGUAAAAUUGUGGCCAAGAGGAAAAUAAAUGCUCAGUGGUAAAUC